AGCGAGCUACUGAUUCAUCUGAUGAAGACGAAUUUGAUUUGAAAGAUGAGGUGCUAGCUGACGAUGUAGGAGAGAUACCCGACGUCAAACCAAACAAAGGAAAUGAAAGCUCUUCCAAAGGAAAGAAUGAAGGAGAAGAAAACAAGAAACAGAAUGAAGGAGAAGAAAACGAGAAACAGAAUGAAGGAGAAGAAAACGAGAAACAGAAUGAAGAAGAAGAAAACGAGAAACAGAGAGACAAAAGAAGCCCAAGGAGAUUUAGAGGAUCUUCUAAUAAGAAUUCAAACUCAGACAACUCGAAGAGAAACAGUAACAAGGCUCCUCAAAAAGCUGAAAACAACACUAACAACAAUGCUGACAAUAAAGGCUCCGCUGAGAACUCCUCGGCAUAAAGUGAUAGUGAAAUGAUAAAGUGGUAGUGAAAUGAUCCCUAAGGGAGAAGGCCUGGACACACAAAAAUAUUGACUUGAAAAUAUCAUACAAGAAACUUCAAUAAAUCUUGCAAUGCAAAAAUGAAAA